AGUGCGUGGGUGAAGACAACCUGAGUGAAACCGAGGAUUAUGAUUGGAUAUACGCUGCUGCUUCUGGGAUUUUUGGCCUUUGCGCAGGCGCAGAUGCUGAAUGACACAACGAGUGGCCUGGCUGUCCAGGAGCCUGGCCUGUGGCGCCAGGGAAGGCGGAGGAGUGUCUUGGCGGACAGCUGCGUCACCAACAGCGGCACCACCGGCACCUGUCUCACGCGCUUCAAGUGCAUGCGGCAAUCGGGCACCGUCAACGGCUACUGCGGCACCUACGGUGUUUGUUGUGAAACAAACCUUCAAGUGGGGGCUUCUACUCGCCAAAAGCGGACUAUAAUCAAGAAUCCUGUCACAAUAGCCAGCGAUUUGAGUACCUACACUAUCGAGGCAUUUAGCAGCAAUGUGCAGCAAUUGAGAAUUGACUUCGAGCAGUUUGUGAUGCAACAGCCCACCGACACGGAUGGAGUUCUGGAGUGCCAGGACUACUUCGAGGCGGGCGGCUUCAAGUUGUGUGGCGUGAACGAUGGCCAGCACCUGUAUCUGCCCUUCAAUGCUGGCGCAGGUGUUGAUCAACUGACCCUCACCUUUGUGGUGACCUCCAGAGGAACUGCACCUGCCUGGAGGUUGAUUGUCACCCAGCUGGAGGGACCACCGCCGAGUAGCCGGCGGCGUUCAAGCACUUCUGCCGGCUUGGGUACCUCCACCAACUCGCUGCAGGAUCUGCGCGACAUCUUUGCCACACAUCACGCCGAUUACGAGCUGCUGGCUCCGCCGGGCUGCCAACAGUACUACACGGACUCAUCGGGCACCAUUCGCAGCUUCAACUUCCAGACUUCGGUGACCAGCAACUAUAUGCCCGAUUUGAGCUACAACAUAUGCAUCAAGUCAGCGACCAGCGCCAGCAUGAUUGAAUACUCCUUCAGCAAGUUCUCGAUGUCGGUGCAGGCGGACACUGGCGAGGGUUACGACGAGUUCUGCCAUGCCACUGUCCACACGGCCGGCAGGCAGGAGGACUAUUUGAUGAUACCGCAGGGCAUUCUGGCCAAGAACAUGGCCUACCAGCCCACCUACUACUGCGGCACCAACGACAACCUGCUGGUUUACGCCUCGCCGCCCUAUUUGAUGCACUUCUCCAGCGAUGAGCUCACUUUAAAUCGGGAACUGGAGACGGGCUUCAGUAUGACCUACCGUCUAAGGAACUCGCUCCUCUAACAACUCAUGUGCUUUCCCAAUAAGCUGGGAUAGUUUCUUGCCUAGAAUUUAAUAAACUCGAAUGUCUUUAAA